GUGCUUCAGCCGGCGUUUGAGGUGCAUACAACGAUAUAAAACGUCCAAACGUAUUUUUAAAUGUGUACAAAAGUAGCAAACAACAUGGUAACAUUGAUUUGGUGAAAUUAAUAUCGAUUAUUAUCGAAUAUAAUAUUAUAUAAUACGUCGCGAAUGGCGCAAAUUAUUUGGUUUACUUUUCUGUGAGCAACAAAACCGGUUCUAUCAACAACAGCGAUGAUGUUACAAGACUGAAAGCUCUUGGCCAUGGUAGGAUUCGCAAGAGGAGGAGAGAAAGAUCCAGAGCAGCGCCAAGGGGGAGUGUCUCCGACCGGGAGACACACACAUACCGGGGCACCACGAGACUUCAGUUCAAACAAACCAGCGGGAGCCUCUGCGAACCGGAGCCGCUGCGUUUUCACUCUCUUCCCGUUUAUUUAUUAGGCGUCUUUACCAGCGCGUCUCCGAAAGCGUAUCGGCGUCAGACGCUUGAGUUUGAAUAGGUGUAUUGUGGCCACUGGUGUAUUGUGAUUGAGGGGAAGCAUGCAGGCUCACUAUCCCAGCAGCGGAGCUGUACGGUGGGCCAACCACUGAAUACGGUCCUGGACAGUCCCAAAGACUUGCACAAGACCAUCUGAGCCCAGCUAAAGUGGAAACCCUUUAACUAACCACCGCGGACAAGUGCGCGUGUGUGAGAGAGAAAGCGAUAGUGUGUGUGUGUUGCCAUGGCUUUCACACUUUCCGAAAUCAUGGCAGCCCGACGACAGCAGCAACAGUCUCAGAGAGGAGGAAGAGGAGUUGUAGAGGUGGACGAAUACAGCGCCAACCCGACUCAAGCCUUCACCUUCUACAACAUCAACCAGGGUCGCUUCCAGCCGCCCCAUGUCCAUAUGGUAGAUCCGUUACCCCACGACACCCCCAAGCCCCCGGGCUACACGCGGUUUGUCUGUAUCUCCGACACACACUCGCGCACUGACACUAUUCAGAUGCCGUACGGUGACGUCUUACUGCACGCUGGAGACUUCACAGAGCUCGGCCUGCCCAGCGAAGUCAAGAAGUUUAACGACUGGCUUGGCACUCUGCCUUACGAGAUAAAAAUCGUUAUAGCCGGGAAUCACGAGCUGACUUUCGAUCAGGAGUUUAUGGCGGACCUGAUAAAGCAGGAUUUCUACUACUUUCCUUCGGCCUCCAAACUCAAGCCGGAGAACUAUGAGAACGUUCAGUCCCUGCUCACCAACUGCAUCUACCUGCAGGACUCUGACGUUACCGUCAGGGGCUUCCGCAUCUACGGCUCACCGUGGCAGCCAUGGUACUACGGCUGGGGUUUUAAUCUUCAACGAGGACAAGCACUGCUGGACAAGUGGAAUCAGAUCCCAGAUUCCACAGAUAUUCUUCUCACACACUGCCCUCCUCUGGGUUUUUUGGACUGGGUGCCCAGGAAGAUGCAGCGUGUUGGCUGUAUGGAGCUGUUGAACACUGUCCAGAGGAGAGUUCAGCCCAAACUACAUGUAUUUGGGCACAUUCAUGAAGGUUACGGUAUGAUGAAAGAUGGAACCACCACGUUCAUUAAUGCCUCGGCGUGCACGGUGAACUUCCAGCCUAUGAACCUGCCCAUCGUUUUCGACUUGCCCAAUCCCAGGAGCUCAUGAUUGAACUGGGACCCGCCCCCCACCCCCUUCUUUCAAUCAGGGUCCCAUUUUGAGCGUGUACGGAUGCUGCGUAGUGUAUAUAGAGUGGACGAGAGAUGCUAAUUUGGAUAUUCGCAAGGAUAUUUCCAUCCAUUUUUGUGACAUAUGCCACGCUCAGACACAAGAUAGUGGCGUUCUGCCUCCCUGACAUGGAUGUUUGAUCUGUUUUCUGAAUUUGACUCUUGCGUUGCACUUGAAUCGCCAUGACAAUCGCGUGUACUUAAAGUCGUGG